AUGAAAGUGAUCGUGGCGUGUUUAUUUUCCGUGAUACUGAAUGUGGAAAGUGUGAUCUACCAAAAUGUGACAUACGAACCGGUGCAGAGGCAGCUGUUGGACUUUAAACGAGAUCAUCCGUUACCGAUAGGAUUAUGGACGAAAAAUACUGGAGAUCCAGUCGAGAUAAGAGACACCAUAACGAUAAACUCUGAUCAAUUCAACAACCAGUUGCUUCUCGAUACGAUGUUGACAUUUGAUGGAGAGAGAAUACCUGAGAGAGUGGUCCACGCUAAGGGUACUGGUGCCUUUGGAUAUUUUGAAGUCACAAAUGAUGUCUCCAAAUACACUUACGCCGAUGUGUUCAACGGGAUUGGCAAGAAAACACCAUUGGUAGUUAGAUUCUCAAAUGCAGCUCAAAGUCUUGGCGGAACUGACGUCAGCAAAGAAUUAAGAGGCAUGUCUAUCAAAUUCUAUACCAGAGAAGGAAAUCUAGAUCUCUUAUGCUUACAGACUCCUGUCUACUUAUAUCGAGACCCUUUGUUCUUCUGGUCUUUGGUCCGCGCUUUUAAAAGAAAUCCGCAAACCAACAUAUUGGUAGACUACACGAGUCGCUGGGAUUUAGUCAUGUUAAAACCAGCUAACUACACAACUCUAUGCAGACUGUCAAAUUCUAACACUCUUGCCCAUACAUUCUUUUGGACAUUAUCUGAUUAUGGUCUCCCUAAUGGGUAUAGAAGAAUGGAUGCUUUCCCAAUUCAUACUUACGAAAUUGCUAAUAAGCAUGGGGAAAGACACUAUGUCAGAUUCAACUUUAGAACGGAACAAGGGUUUUCAGCAUUGACUAAUGAACAAGCACAAAUAAUUCAAGGUCAAGAUCCAGAUUAUUUCAAUAGAGAUUUGUACAAUGCAAUUGAACAGGGUAACUUCCCUGCGUGGCGAUUAGAGAUGGAUAUGAUGACACCAGAAGAUAUACAAAAAGUUGACUUCGAUCCAUUUGACGUUACUAGACUGUGGAAGAAUGGCACAUACUCCACAGUCCAGAUUGGACGUUUAGUAUUAAACAGAAACGUUGAAAAUCAAUUCAGAGAUGUUGAACAGGGAGCAUUUAACCCUGCAGCCUUGGUGCCUGGUAUUCCUGGUCCAGCUGACUUUUUGUUCAGAGGCAGGAGAAUGUUCUACAGAGAUACUCAAAAUCAUCGUUUGGGAAGAAAUCACAAUAAAAUUUUCAUUAAUAUGCCAUUGUACGCCAAGACAUACAUUCGCGACGGAACACCUCCUACAAGACUGAACAUGAAGAAUGCCCCCAACUAUUGGCCUAAUUCGUUCAACGGUCCCAUACCUUACGUAGACGAGAAGAGGCCUCGAGAGAAACUUCUUGUACUGGAAAGUAAUGCUGUUGAUUUACAGCCCCUUAAUUAUUUCUAUAAUCAUAUUCUUGAAGAUGAAGCCCACCGGCAGAGAUUCAUCCAAACUAUAGUUGCAACUCUUGGUUCCGUUACUCCGCCGGUGUUGCAAAGGGUUCUAAAGUUCCUGUAUCUUGUUGAUCAGGAUUUGGGUAGUCGAGUCAGCCUUGGUUUGGAAGUGGCUUUGGCCCAGGCUGCGGCUGAGCAAGCUGCAGCUCAAGCGACUCCUCCACCAAAUGUGCCAAUAAGGAAUGUGCCAACCGCAGAUCCUGCUCCUGAGAAAUAUCAAGCAAAACAUGUUCACAGCGAGCAUUAAUCAAUUGAAAUAAAAUAACAUUAAUGUUAUAUGGUUCAUUUAGCCGGUGAUAUACUUUUGUUCAACCAA